AUGUGCAAAAUUCCUAUUGCAAAAUGCAGCGCCAGCGAGCCUCUUCCCAUCCUUUACAAGCACCACCAGUCAGGAGACAUCAUCAUCGGUGCCAUCAUGUCUCAGAUCUAUGUAUUCUCUGCUCCGGCAACCUUCAGCAGCCCUCCUUCUCCUGAACUCUUUGACGAAACAGUCUAUUUCAUUCCAAGUUGGACGUAUCAUGCCUCAUUGGAAAUGUUAUCUGCAAAGGGCAAAUUCAUGCCCAAUUACAAUUGUGAUACUGUGAACAAUCUCAUGGCAGUCAUUGGAGGACCUAACCCACAAGUCAUCCGCCACAUGGCCACCAUUCUGUGUAUCUUCAAACUUCCGCAGCUCAUAUAUGGCUCUGCUCCACUGGUCAAUGGAAAUCCCCAGGCUGCUUUCUAUCACCAGAUGUUCCCAAAUGCUGACCAUCAGUACCGAGGUCUUCUUCAACUCCUGCUUCAUUUCAGAUGGACAUGGACUGGGGUGAUGGCAAUGGACAAUGACAAUGGAGAGAGGUUCAUAAGUGAGAUAGUCCCCAUAUUUGCCCAGGAAGGUGUCUGCUUGGAUUUUAUCGAAAGGUGGCCAGUAAUAUCAUAUUCAAAUGACAUUGGUGAGAUGGUGGAAGAAAGCAUCAAAAUUUACUAUGUGAUCAUGAAGAGCACUGUUAAUGCCGUGAUAAUUCAUGGUGAAAUUGAUGCCAUGAUAUUUUUGAGAAUGUUUCCUGGUUUCUCAGAGCUUGAGGGAAUAUCAUGGGAGGCAAAAGGCAAAGUCUGGAUUAUUACUGCACAGGUGGACUUUAUGUCACUUCCCUUUCAACAACAUUUGGAUGUAGACUUCCUCCAUGGUGCACUAUCCAUUUCAGUUCAUUCUGAAGCUAUAUCGGAAUUUCAGAAUUUUCUUCAAAGCAGAGAUCCUACAUUGGAGAGAGAUGAUUAUCUUUUACUGGUCUUCUGGGAAGCGGCAUUUCAAUGUUCAUUCCCUGGCUCCAUGAGAGACAUCCAGUUUGGGCCAAUCUGCACUGGGGAGGAGAAGCUGGAGAUUCUGCCUGCCUCCAUUUUUGAAAUGAAAAUGACCAGUCACAGCUACAGCAUCUACAAUGCCGUCUAUGCUUUGGCACACGCCUUGCAUGAGAUGCAUUCAUCUCAAUUUAAACACAGAGGAAGAGUGGAUGAAGCAAAACCGAAUGUUCUGAAGAACCAGCCAUGGAAGCUCAACCACUUUGUGAGAAGGGUUUCAUUCAAUAACAGCGCUGGAACAAAAGUCUCCUUCAAUCAAGAUGGAGAGUUAGAGGCACGAUUCAAUGUUAUCAACUGGGUCCCUUUCCCAAACCAAUCCUUUCUUAGAGUGAGAGUUGGAAGAAUAGACCCCAAGGCUUCCCAGGAAGAAAUGUUCACCAUUUGUGAGGAAGCUAUUGCGUGGCCAAGGAGGUUUAACCAGGCACAGCCCCUGUCUCUGUGCAAUGAAAAUUGCCAUGCAGGGUACAGGAAGGCAAAGAAAGAAGGCAAGCCGUUUUGUUGCUACGAUUGUCUCCCAUGUCCAGAAGGGAAAAUUUCCAAACAGAAGGACAUGGAUGACUGUUACCAGUGCCCAGAAGACCAGUAUCCAAACAAGGAGAAAAGGGACUGCUUUCCAAAGAUUGUAAGCUUCUUGUCUUAUGAAGAACCUUUGGGGAUCAGUCUAGCUGUCUCUGCUUUUCUCCUUUUUCUCAUCACAGCGUUGGUGUCUCGGAUAUUCACUAAGUACAAGGACACUCCAAUAGUCAAAGCCAACAACCGGAACCUUUCUUACACCCUCCUCGUCUCCCUGAUGCUCUCCUUCCUUUGUGUUCUGCUCUUCAUUGGACAGCCUGGAAAAGUGGCCUGUCUCCUUCAGCAAACAGCUUUUGGAUUCAUCUUCUCAGUGGCAGUUGCUUGUGUUUUAGCCAAAACCAUUAUGGUAGUUUGUGCUUUCAUGGCCGCCAAACCAGGGUCCAGGAUGAGGAAGUGGAUGGGAUGGAAAAUGGCCACCUCCAUUGUUCUUUUCUGCUCUUUGAUCCAAGCCAGCCUUUGUGCUGUCUGGCUGGCCACCUCUCCUCCCUUCCCAGAUCUUGACAUGAACUCAAUGGCUGGCAAGAUGAUUGUGAAAUGUAAUGAUGGAUCCACUAUCAUGUUCUACUCUGUCUUAGGCUUUUUAGGCUUCUUGUCCAUGAGCAGUUUCCUUGUGGCUUUCCUUGCCAGGAAAUUACCAGACAGUUUCAAUGAAGCCAAGCUGAUCACCUUCAGCAUGUUGGUCUUCUGCAGUGUCUGGUUUUCCUUUGUGCCCACCUAUCUGAGCACCAAGGGGAAAUACAUGGUGGCUGUGGAGAUCUUCUCCAUCCUGGCCUCCAGUGCUGGAUUGCUGUUUUGCAUCUUUUUUCCAAAAUGCUACAUCAUUUUGGUGAGGUCCGAUUUGAACAACAGAAUGAAGCUGAUAAGAAGAAAGCAUUAA